AUGCUAGUUCAGGUGGCUCCCCUUCCGGAGUGGGCCGGGCGCCCUGUCCCACUGACCUCCAACCCCCCAGAACUGACUGAGCCUUGGUCUUCACGCUCCUCUGAACUGCCACCUGGAUCACCCCAUGCGUUUACACCCCCGGCAGCCUUGGGGAGCUUUGAUUACCUGGGAUCCUCUGCUGCCUUCCAGAUGUUGGUCCGGUCUCAGGAAGUGGCCAAGAAGCUGAUUCCAUUGCUGGGCAUGGAUUCAGCUCAAGAGCUGCCCCCAGAGCCAGAUCAGUUUGCUGUUCUGCAUCAGGAUCUGCGUGAGAAGCUAGCUCGGCCACAAAGCCUCCCAGACGUGGUUCCAGUGCAACAGAAUCAGGCCCUGGUUCUGCCUCAUGGACUGAAAAGUAAGAUUAGAACCGUAGAUAGUGAGAGUUCAAAAGCAACAAAGUUUGUUGUUUCACCCCUGAAGAGAGAUCUAACUCAGCAUCUGCGGCUUGCCAAGAUUCUUGGAAUUCCACACCCAUUUGCACCCAAACCUAAGCCUCAGAAACAAAUCUUGCACAGUGAUAAUGGAUUUUUGAGUAUGGAUAUGGUUCAUCCUGAAUUUCCUCUAGAAAUCCAGAAGGACCCAGAUGAGCGUCUAGAGGCCCCUGAGCCAGCUGAAACUAAUAAAUUACAGCAAGAGGCUCUAUCUCAAAACCUAGAGCCCCCUGAAGAGAUCCAAUUCUCUCCACCCCAGCAAGACCCAGCUCAGCCUCCACAGCCCCCUGAGGAGGAAGAACCUUCUUCAACUCAACAGGAGGCCCUUGAGGAGGUUGAAACUUCUUUAACCCAGCAGGAGGCCCUAGCUCAGCCUCCACACUACCCUGAGGACAUAAAACCUUUCAGUCUGGCACUUACCAUAACUCCAGAACCCCCUAUGGAGGCUGAACAUUCUACAGCACUGAAGAAGAAUACAGCUCCACAUCCACACCAGGCCCAGACUCAGCAUCCAAAGUUGACGCAAGUCACAGUUCAGCCUUUGGACCUGGAACUUACCAUAGCUACAGAACCUGCUACAGAGCUGAAACCUUCUCCCACCGGGGAGAGGACCCCAACUCAGCCCCUAGAACCACCUAAGGAGGUUGCAGCUCAACCUCCAGUGUAUCAAGAGGUGACAGUUUCAAAACCAGGUCAGGAUGAAGCUCAGCCACCAACAUCACCCAGUGUUGCAGUUUGGCCUUUAGACCUGGAGCUUACUGUAACUUCAGUAUCUAGUACAGAGACCGAACAUUCUACAGCCCCGAAGAUGACUACAGCUCCACAUCCACAGCAGGUGCAGACUCAGCAUCCGAACCUGACUCCAGUCACAGCUCAACCUUUCAAUCUGGCACUUACCGUAACUCCAGAACCCACUAUGGAGGCUGAACAUUCUACAGCACUGAAGAAGACUACAGCUCCACAUCCACACCAGGCCCAGACUCAGCAUCCAAAGUUGACGCAAGUCACACUUAAACCUUUGGACCUGGAGCUUACUGUAACUUCAGUAUCUACUACAGAGGCUGAGUACUCUACAGCCCUGGAGAAGAGCACAGCUCCACAUCCACAGCAGGUGCAGACUCAGCAUCCAAAGUUGACACAAGUCACAGUUCAGCCAUUGGACCUGGAACUUACCAUAGCUACAGAAACUAUUACAGAGCUGAAACCUUCUCCCACCAUGCAGAGGACCCCAACUCAGCCUCCAGACCUGGAGCUUACUGUAACUUCAGUAUCUACUACAGAGACCGAACAUUCUACAGCCCCGAAGAUGACUACAGCUCCACAUCCACAGCAGGUGAAGACUCAGCAUCUGAACCUGACUCCAGUCGCAGUUCCCCCUUUGGAUGUGGAACUUACUACAACUCAGCAUCCAUUGGAAUCUUCUGAAAAUUACACCCCAGAAAAGAAUGCCACCAAGAGCAUCAACCUAUGUGAGCUCUGUGUCUGCAGAGACGAGACACUGUCCUGUACUGGUCUCAGCCCAGAGAAGAGGCUCCGCCAAGUGCCUGUGCUAGAGCCCAAGACCUACAACGGCACCUUUGCCAUCGUAAAUUUCCAAAGAAACGCUAUAUCUUCCAUUGAUAAGCAUGUAUGGGAAGCAUACCACUGGACUGAGAAACUAAUUCUCAGUGAAAAUCUUUUGACUGAAUUACAUAAGGAUUCAUUUGAAGGCCUGCUCUCCCUCCAGCAUUUAGAUCUAUCUUGUAAUAAGAUACAGGCCAUUGAAAGACGCACAUUUGAAGCACUACCUUUUCUGAAGUCUCUAAAUCUUCGUUGCAACUUAAUCAGUGAAGUGAGCUUCGGAACAUUUCAGGCGUGGCACGAGUUUCAGUUUUUAAAUGAGCUAAUUCUCAAUCAUAAUCCUCUGACUACUGUUGAAGAUUCACAUCUUUUUAAAUUGCCAGCAUUAAAAUAUCUAGACAUGGGAGCAACACAAGUGUCUCUUACAACAAUUGAGAACAUCAUCCUGAUGUCUCUUGAAUUGGAAAAACUGAUCUUACCUAGCCAUAUGGCCUGCUGCCUCUGCCAAUUUAAAAAUAAUAUUGAGGUUGUCUGCAAGACAGUGAAGCUGCAUUGUGACAGUACAUGUCUGACAAACACCACACAUUGUCUUGAAGAGGCAUCCCUAAAGAAUCCAGAAGGAAAAUUCAUGAAGGUAUUAAGAGCUCGGAAGCAGAACACAAGCACUGAGCUGACGAUUGAGCCAGAGAAGGCAUCCUCAGAUAAAACUGGCAUGAACUGGGCAAAUAUGAAUGAGCAGCUAGACCUAAAUGAUAAAAGCGAAAUUACACAUGCACUAAAUUACUUAUUGUCUUAUCUAUCCAAGGGAAACCUAGAAGAUAUACAACCAACAUUAUUACCAUUCAUCGAACUGCUUUUUUCAAAUAACAGCCUCGCAAAGCUUGAGAGUAUCGGGAAAAGGCUGCAGAGAGUGUACAGAGUCCUCAAGGGGCGAAGAGACGUAAAGAACAGGCACUUCAAGGAAAUGAGGGAUCAGAGCAUCAAGAAGGAUCAGAGAAUCAUUGAGGGAUCAGAGCAUCGAGUGAGGGAUCAGAGCAUCAUUGAGGGAUUAGAUCAUCAGUUGAGGGAUCAGAGCAUGACUGAGAGUGUAGGGGAAGGGCUGCAGAGAGGGUACAGGGUCUUCAAGGGGCGAAGAGGCAUAAAGAACAGGCACUUCAAAGCACUGAGGGAUCCGAGCAUCAAGAAGGAUCAGAGAAUCAUUGAGGGAUCAGAGCAUCAAGAGGGAUCAGAGCACCACAAGAAUUCUGCUGCAGAUUCUCCUGUGACUGCAUUAAAGUCAGUGCCAACUGCUAAACAAUCCAGUGAAACACAAUGGAAAUACCGCAGCCCGGAGACUGACUUACCCCUCAAGCACAAAGACUUCAGUCACCCAUCGCUUUCAUCCCCAGGCGAUCAAUUUGAAUUUCAGCUAAACCAGCACCUACAAUCCCUCAUGUCCAACAAUGACAUGAGAAGGCUCAUUUCUCAUGUUAUCCGGACUUUGAAAAUGGACUGCUCUGAGCCCUACGUACAAAUGGCUUGUGCCAAGCUCAUCUCCAGAACAGGCUUCCUGAUGAAGCUUCUCAGUGAGCAGCAGGAAUCAAAGGCAUCCAAGGCAGAAUGGGAUCCGGACCAAUGGAAAACUGAGAACUACAUCAAUGAGAGCCCAGAAGCCCAGGGUGAACAGAAAGACCAGGAGUCACAUGAGCUCACUAAAUAUGUUCCAGGAUAUGGCCAUGACAACAAACUCAUCUUGGCAAUAUCUGUGACUGUCGUAGUGAUGAUUUUGAUUAUAAUUUUCUGUCUCAUUGAGAUUUAUUCUCAUAGGGAAGUACCAGAAGGAUCCCCAAGGGGCUGUUUUGGAUUUCUGCAGCAUAGGAAAUACUCAGAGAAAAAUCACUCUCAGAAAAGCCUUUUCCUGUUAAGGAAGCCUCUUUGGCUUAGGGAUAUGUAUAAACCGCUGAGUGCUACCCGCCAGAAAAACAUGGCCAAAAAGCUACACGACAAGACAUCUUCUAAUGAAGAUGAGAGGGCACUCCGUGAAUCAGCCCGAACAGAGGACUCCGUGUACAUAGAUAUGCCUGAUGGGGGAGAGGAAAGCGAGGUGUCCGAGGGGAACACAGAGUGACCCUGUCCUGCCUCAGGCCACCUGCAAAUCUUA